AAGCUCUCGGCCGAGGAAUGGGACGAAAUUGCGGACCGAUUGCGACUAGCCGUUGCAGAAGGUGCUACGACUCUCGUGGCCCAACCGUUUCAAAUUCGAGCACUGGCGCCGCUCGAGGAUGUCUAUUGGUACCAGUGGCACAGGAUGAGAGAUCCCAGCAGCACAGCUACCCACGACGCCGAAGCGCUGGAAAAAAUCAAAGCAAAGGCCGCUGCAUUGUCUCAGGUUAACGCGCUGAUCCGGGAAAGCGCACACUUGCUGUUGGAUGAGAUGGAUGACCUAAUGCGAGCCAGCACAUCCGUGGCCUUCCCGCUCGGGGAGCAAGUUGCACUAGGCGAGAAUUUGCUGGAGACUGUGGUUUGUGAUUGGCUCUUCGAUGGAUUGCUUGGAGGUAACCUACUUGAAUUCCACGACGAGAGAUUACUCACAGAGGUCGCGCGCAAUACUUUUAGUUUAACGGACUGGAAAAGCUUACUACUGCAAGCAGCUGCCGGAGCCGCGCAACAACCUGAAACUCAAGCAGGGCUGCCUCCUUCUGCAUCUGGCGAAGCUUUCGCGAAAGCAAUUUUUUCGACGGAGCUGCCAAUCGCUCUUGCGGCGGAACCAGGAAGGGACUACGGAUUCUCAUUCGCAAACCCGAAGCUCGGCGUCGUAAUUCCCUACGGGGGGCCAUGGACACCUCGGGAAAGCUCCCGCUUUCAAAAGCCAUGGCAGUCCGUUUUUCGAACUGUGUUGCUUCUGCUUUCUGUGCCGCCAGAAGUCGACGGCGCGGGCAAGGACGUUGGCGACGUGUGGC